GAAAUUUCACUCAACGCACACGGAACGUUAAGCCAUUACUUUCGGUUUUAAAACUCGGAUAUCGAUCCUUUAAUACGACUCAGGACAUCUCACAGGACCAACGUUUUAAUAAUAUGGGAAAAGAAAACGGGCGUUUUUUCCCAGUUUGGAUACUUUUGGGAAAAAUCUUUGCCACUCUUUGCUCGGACCCUGAACUCACCACCAACAGUGGGUUUGUGAACAGCAGUGUCACCCCUACCUCCCUGCCCGCCACCACCGCUGAGUGGCUCACCAAUUACACAGACAUCGUUUCCAAGUUCUCCCUGCGCACGGCCGACAUUCCUGAUGAUGACAUGUGCUACAUAGUGACCGGCAGUCCCGAAACCAUCCGGGAGUGCAAUUUCAAUGCGCAGACGCAGACGUUUGUCAUCAUCCACGGAUGGACAGUAACGGGCAUGUUUGAGAGCUGGGUACCCAAACUGGUAUCGGCUCUGUACGAACGCGUACCCAGCGCCAAUGUGAUCGUGGUGGACUGGCUGACACGUGCCAACCAGCACUACCAUACUUCCGCGGCCUCCACUAAACUGGUGGGCAGAGACGUGGCCAAGUUUGUCACCUGGAUACAAAAAGAGCUGGAGCUGCCAUGGGACAAGAUCCACCUGGUGGGGUACAGUCUUGGGGCACACGUGGCUGGAAUUGCCGGUGACCUAACUGACCACAAGAUCAGCAGGAUCACAGGAUUGGAUCCCGCUGGUCCCAUGUUUGAACACGCAGACGAGCAGGAUACGCUGUCCAAGGACCACGCCCAGUUUGUGGACGUCCUGCACACCAACACCCGAGGUUCGCCCGGCCGCAGCAUUGGCAUCCAGAGGGCCGUGGGUCACAUCGACGUCUACCCCAACGGAGGAACUUCCCAGCCGGGUUGUGACAUUCCAAACACCCUGAGGGUGAUUGCGCUGGAAGGACUCAGAGGCCUACAAAAUGCGGACCAACUGGUCAAGUGUUCGCACGAGCGCUCCAUCCACCUUUUCAUUGACUCGCUACUCAACGCGCAGCAGCAGAGCAUGAUGGCUUACCGCUGUCACUCUCGCGAGGCCUUCAACAAGGGCUUGUGCCUCAGCUGCCGCAAGAACCGCUGCAACAAAAUCGGCUACAACAUCAACAAGGUCCGUAUGACACGCGGGGCCAAGAUGUACCUCAAGACUCGAGAAAUGAUGCCCUACAAAGUUUUCCACUACCAAGUAAAGAUGCAUCUGUUCGCCAUGGGAACCUUGAACUUGAAAGAGCAACCCAUGAAAAUUUCCUUGUAUGGAACCGAGGGAGAGAAGGAAGACAUCGCCUUUGUCCUGCCCGUCAUGGACAGCAACAGCACGCUGUCCUUCCUCAUCACCACCGACGUGAGCAUCGGCGACUUGAUGAUUGUCAAACUGCGCUGGGAAAAGGAUGCCAUCUUCAGGUGGUCGGACUUAUGGGAAAGCAAGUUCUACGUCCGAAAAAUACGUGUCAAAUCAGGGGAGACACAGUCGAAGGUGAUUUUCAGUGCAAAGGAAGCAGAGUUCACCGAUCUGAUCCGAGGUGGAGAAGCGGCAGUGUUUGUCAAGUCCAAAGAAGACAACAGAAGUCGUAAAGAAAAGCUGAUGCACAAAUUGAAGACGCAGGGCAGUCUCUUUGGUCAGAACGAUGCUUAGAAAUCAUCACCAAGCUUAUCGUUCACCACCAAAGGACAACACUGCGUGGAAAUCGGCAAUCCAAGCACACAAAAACCGUAUGCAAGAUCACUCUGAACUUUGGAAACAAAAUGUUACAUAUCUGAUGAUGUGCUCAGAUUUUAUAUUUGUACACGUUCUAUUUGCAAAUCAUUUGUUUAAGCUUAUGUUGUUUGUACACACUUUUUUGUGCCUAUAUGAACUUUGAAUUAUUACGUAUCUAAUUGAUUCAGGGUGACAGGCAAAAUGUAGGCACAUUUAUAUAGUGUUUGUCGUAAAAACGCAAGAUGAUCAUUUUUGUUCCUUUGUUCGACCACUAACUGCCAACAAUCGCCAGGGACCAAAGAGUUUUUGACUAUCUACUGAAUCACAUUGGUCUUGUAAAUACCAUGUUUAAAGAAAUAUAUCAGUGUUUUAUAUUUGGGAUUCUGAAUUGUGUUCAUUUGAUUCAAUUGCGUUUUGAUUAUCGUAUCACAGGUCACUUUAAAACACUUUCAUGUUCUUCAACGUAGACAUUUUAAAUAAAAACAUUUAUGCUCAGUUUGAGAUUGCAGCCUUAAUUAAGUUGCAAAAUUGAUGAAAAUUUGUAACGGACCUUCCAACGCAAUAACCAUAAUACAUCUCAAGAAUACGCUGUAUUGUAUUUAUUGAAUGUACAUUUAUAUAUUUGUAUAUUAAGCUGUAAUAUAUUUUGUCAUGCUUCCGUUGACUGUAUUUUUUGAUAAAAAGCCGUUUUGUGAUUAUUCCUGAAUGUGCCAAUUGUUUGUAUGAGGGAUCCAAUGGGUCUCCAUGCAUGCUGUUGAGCGCAUUUAACUGAUUUGCAGUUCACUGUAUUAAGAAGUAGCCCCAGAUGGUUUAAUAAAGAUAUUAAAUAUUA